AGUCUUCACAUAUAGAAGAGAAUCAUCAUAUAAUUCAAUUCAACAAAAGAAAAUAGGCAAAGAGAGAAGAGAGAGAGAGAGAGAGAGCAGAAAUGGAGAAGGAAAGAGAGAAACAAGUUUACUUGGCUAGGCUGGCUGAGCAAGCUGAGAGAUAUGAUGAAAUGGUUGAAGCAAUGAAGGCGAUUGCUAAGAUGGAUGUCGAACUGACUGUUGAAGAGAGGAAUUUGGUGUCGGUUGGGUAUAAGAAUGUAAUUGGAGCAAGAAGGGCUUCAUGGCGGAUACUGUCUUCGAUUGAACAGAAGGAGGAGAGUAAGGGUCAUGAGCAGAAUGUUAAGAGAAUAAAGACUUACAGGCAGAGGGUUGAAGACGAGCUUACAAAAAUAUGCAGCGACAUAUUGUCAGUGAUCGAUGAGCACCUUGUUCCUUCGUCCACUACUGGAGAAUCUACUGUCUUCUACUACAAGAUGAAGGGAGAUUACUAUCGCUAUUUAGCAGAGUUCAAAGCAGGGGAUGAUCGUAAAGAGGCGUCUGAACAAUCACUUAAAGCUUAUGAGGCUGCUACUGCCACUGCUAGUUCAGAUCUUGCUCCUACUCAUCCAAUCAGACUUGGACUCGCGUUGAACUUCUCAGUUUUCUACUAUGAGAUUCUGAAUUCACCCGAGAGGGCAUGCCACUUGGCCAAGCAGGCAUUUGAUGAAGCUAUUGCCGAACUUGAUAGUCUAAGUGAAGAAUCCUACAAGGACAGCACCCUUAUCAUGCAGCUUCUAAGGGAUAAUCUCACUUUGUGGACAUCAGAUCUUGAAGAGGGAGGUGAGCAUUCUAAGGGUGAUGAGCGCCAGGGAGAGAACUAGUUGAAGUUCAAGAGGUGUCGGCGAAUCAUUGUGAUGCUGGCUCCUCAAGAGACAUGUUAGCUUGUGGAAAGUCUUUGUUUUUCAUAUAAUGUUCAGGGAUUCAUGCCUAUUGGCUUUGUACUUUCUUCUUCCAUAUACAUAAACAUUCCCAGAGUACUUGUCAUUUUCAGUAAAAAAAAAUUGCUGCUAUUGUUGCAU